AAUUAAUAACACAUCCAUUUAUCUUCACUGCUACGAGUGAAGUGAUAGCCUGCCACCUAUGUUUACUUAAUAGCUGACAUACCUUGGCCACUCUUUUUACUUUUUUCUCUAACUAAAGGAUUUCCUCAACAGAAUCAGCAGCUAAAUGAGGAAAUUGUUAUAGAACAUAUUACACCUGUUAAAUAAGGAACCUUCGUCUUUUGAGAAGAAUAGCAGCAGUAAGAGAAAUCCAUUUUUGUGGAAGAAACAAAGUGAUUUAGUUCCCUGUCCAAUGGGCUUGUAUCAUGAUUUUAGAAGGAACUGGCAGAAUGAGUCUUAAUACCGUCACAAGUCUUCUCCAUGAACAGUCGACCUGGACAGAAGAAUAUCCCACAUGUAAUGCAGCAUCAAGCAGUUUUUUUGGAACACAGUGGCAUGAAAUACAUCCUCAGUAUUGGACAAAGUAUCAGGUCUGGGAAUGGCUCCAACAUCUUUUGGACACCAACCAGCUUGAUGCCAACUGUAUCCCAUUCCAGGAAUUUGACAUCAGUGGGGAUCAUCUGUGUAGCAUGACUUUGCAAGAUUUCACCCGGGCAGCUGGCUCUGCUGGACAACUUCUUUACAACAACCUCCAUCAUCUAAAAUGGAAUGGUCAAUGUGGAAGUGAAGUGUAUCCAUCACACAAUGUCAUUGUUAAGACAGAACAAACAGAUCCAUCUUUAAUGACAUCUUGGAAAGAAGACAAUUAUUUUUACGAUAAUGGAUAUGGUGGCACAGUAGAACUAGUGGAGAGCAAAGCCUAUUGUAGAGCACAGAUUUCUGUCAGCUCUAGUGGUCAUCCACCUAUAGAGGAGUCUUUGGAAGGGAAGAAAAUUUCACAAGAUCACCCACCAAAACCACAUAACAAGAAACACACUCCUCGAGGAACUCACUUGUGGGAGUUUAUCAGAGACAUUCUCCUUCAUCCAGAGAAGAAUCCUGGGUUGAUAAAAUGGGAGGAUCGGUCAGAAGGCAUCUUCCGAUUCUUAAAAUCAGAGGCGGUGGCUCAGCUAUGGGGAAAGAAGAAGAACAACAGUAGCAUGACUUAUGAGAAACUCAGCCGUGCCAUGAGAUACUAUUAUAAAAGAGAAAUUCUUGAGCGUGUAGAUGGCCGGAGACUGGUAUAUAAAUUUGGGAAGAAUGCCCGUGGCUGGAGAGAAAAUGAAAACUAAGUACAACUUUAAAAAGAGCUGUAGAAAUCUUCACUGACAGGAAAUCCUAGCGCAUGUAAAUAUUCCAAAGACUGUUUUCUUCUAUUUAUGUACAAAAAUUGGGGGCUGCAGAAAAUCUACAUCUAAUGGGAAGAAGGAACACUAUUGUUUGUUGAAGUUAUAACUAUUUUAUUUGAAAUAUGUCCUUUUAUGGAGAGUAUGUACACAGUUUUCUGUGACCUAUGAUAAUACUGUAUGUAAAUGUAUAAGGAUGAGUUGCCUUUCUUGUAAAGAUUUUAAAGAAAAUGAAUUCCAAAACAAAUGUGAUUUAGCAUAAUGCUGCAAGAGGCAUUUGCUGUAGUGGGAGCAAAUCACAGGGCAUUACUUUAUACUUAGGUAUAUCACUGCAUUUUAGAGUACUAGGGAUUUAUAAUAUUUAUCUCAGAAUUGUAUGAGAUAGGUCUUUCCAUUCAAAAUAUACAUCUUUUUUCAAAGGCUGUCGAGUAGUGAAACACCAAUGGUUAAUUAAAUCAAAGGCUGUUGAGUUAUGGCUUCACUUUUUUUCUUGAUUUUUUUUGCCCUUCUAUACAAAUAUGCAUAUAUUUAAUAUGGAAAUUUACAGUAGUCCGGAUCUUUUUGUGGUCUUCCAUUGAGAGUUGGAUUUAUCAGCUCAUUCCAUUCCUGAAUAAUUCUCUGUUGAAAUAACUCCUAGAACAUGAAGAAUUGGGAAUAAUGGAUGCUUUAUUUGUAGACCUCAAUAACUUUAGCUGAGCUUCGUAACCAAUGUUGAAUGCUUGUGACUUGUAAUGAAAUUGAAGGUAUCAGCAGCAUAGAGCUGCCUUUCCUUAUCCUGGAAUCACCCAGGUUUUGGAACUACAAACAACUAUGCAAACUGGACAACUUAAUUCCAGUUCAUCUGCCAUGUUGAAGAAUGUGUAAUGACUGGCAACAAAUAUCCACAUUUCUGACAGGAGUAAUUUUUGGUUCUACUUGACCAAACUAAACUGGAGAUUUUCUGCAUCUAAAG